AUGGUGAAACAGUCUAAGGAAAAAACAACUUCAACUAUCAACAUUGGUGCCACAAAAGCACACAAGAUAAGAGCAUCAUUAAAGGGAGGAUAUGAUAAUUUGCUAGCAACAAAGAAUGAUUUCAAAAACUUUUGGAGAGAUUAUACCAAUAUUGUUGGACCAAAUGAUGCUCAAUGUGUUGUAGACCAGUUGAUAAUUCACAGAGAUAAUUAUCAAAAUUUCCAUUUUGAAUAUAAGUUGGAAGAUGAUGUGCUAAAUGCUAUGUUUUGGGUUGAUGAAACAGGAAAAGAAAACUACUCCAAGUUUUCUGAUGUUAUAUCAAUGGAUGCAACAUAUAGAACAAACAGGUACAAUGUGAUAUUUGUUCCUUUCACUGCUAUAAACAACCAUGAAAAGACAAUCAAUGUUGGAGCAGGACUAAUAUCAGAUGAAACAAUUGAAUCAUACACUAGGUUAUUAGAAGCUUUUUUGUCAUCACAUAAGAAGAAACCAACAAUGAUUCUGUCAGAUAUGGAUGCAGCAUUAUCUUCUUCCAUAGCAAAGAUUGAACCUGAUGUAGUUUCAAAUUCAGAUUUCAAGAAACGUAUAAAUCAACUAGUUUAUAAUAUGAAUAUUGAACCAUCAGAAUUUGAGAACAAAUGGGAUUUGAUGUUGCAUGAAUUUCAUUUGAAGGAUAAUAAAUGGUUAGUUGAUAUGUUCAACAAGAGAGACAAAUGGAUUCCCUCCUAUUUCAGAGACAUACAAAUGUGUGGACUUAUGAAGACUACAUCUCGAUCUGAAAGUUCAAAUUCAUUUUUCAAUGUUUUCUCAAUUCCAACCAACUUACUUGUGAAUUUUAUGCUCAAUUUUGACACUACACUUUCAAAGCAAUGUCAUGAGCAAAAAAGAUUAGAUAUUGCAUCAAGAGAUACUUCUCCACAAUUGUUAUUUCCACAUGAAAAUUUGAAAAUUGAAAAGCAUGCAUCAUUGGUAUACACACGAGAAGCAUUCGUUAAAGUGCAUAAACAAAUAAAAAAGGCAUUCUAUCAGUGUUUUCAAAACAAUUCUGUUUCGAUUGAUGGUCAUCAACAAUGCACAAUUCUCUACAAAGAAAUCAAGUUAGGCAAACGACCAGAAUUUAAGGUUUCUUUUGAUGCAAAAGAUGAAACAAUUGAAUGUGAAUGUUUGCAUUUCACAUUUUUUGGAAUCCUUUGUAGUCAUGCUUUUAGAGUUCUUAUAGAUUAUAACAUUGCCAUGAUACCUGAAAAAUACAUUUUGAAUAGAUAG